AUUAUGUUGUUGUUGACCGUAAUUAUGUUUUAUUCGAUGCAACAAAAUGUUAUGUUAUGUUUUACAAUGUUGUAUGGAGACCAUUAAGAUUAUGUCGUAUCGACAACUCUGUCAAUUAUACCGUUGAAAAAAUAAACAGAACUAUCUGGAGAAAUGAAUAACAAAAUGGACACUAAAAGAACGAAAUGAGUAAUAAAAACACGGUACCGACAAAAACAACGUCCUGUAAGCGAUGUUUACGACACCUCCGUUAUCGGACUCCAUACGGGUGCCGUUAAUGCGAAUGUCAGCUGACCCUAUAUCAGCACCCGACACACGGCUCCGUUAGUAUCGUCCUGCAUCUAACCACAAUGCGUCGCUUCACAACCUUACUUUUGUUCCUCAUUGUGUCAACCUGCGUAACUUGCAGUUUGAUCACUGAUCGAGUCACGAAGGAUAUUCCUCUCCCUGAUGCGGAAUUAGAAGAGAACAGUGUACCAGAAGCGACGCCCAUUGAAGUGCCACAACCAAACAGUGUCACUGAGAAUGCUGGAUGUGCUAAGAUCGGCGAAUUCUGCAUUAAUCACAAGGAUUGCUGUUCUAAUGCUUGCCUGGGUUAUAUGAAGAGAUGUGUGUCGGGGCGAGAACUGGAAGAGGAAGAGCAGUUGAGCUAAUUGUCGUAAUCGGCUGAAUCGAGGAUUAGAUCUAAAACAUCCAUCUAUGUACUUAUUUUUAAAAAUUAUUAUUGAAAUAUUGAAAUAAACGGUAAAUAUCUAUUUAA